CCUUGGCACAGAUUGCGCAGCCACACAGCCAUGGCGGCCAACCCCAAAAUCCGAAGGAUGUAUGUGGAUUCCCGCGAUGGGAAAGAACUUUCGUGGGAAUUUUUGCAGAGGCAUGUAGCGAGACGUUUGUACAUAUUGGCGAAAGAUGGAGGUGAACAACCCAGUAAUAUAAAAAACUGGAACAAACACGUCAAGGAAAAGUGGCUCUUAGGGGCCAGAGCGAGGAAGAUUUGGCAGCAGUUGGCUGUGAAGCAUGUGCCAGUGAUUCACGAAUACGGUGAAGGGGGGAUGCCCUUUCUGGCGCAGGUUGAGGAGGUUUGCAAAGCUUUAGACGUUGAGAGACACCAAGAUGAAGACCUAAAAUUGGUCGAACACAUUGUCCAGCACAGUCCAAAGCGCCCAAAAAUGAUGGGCCCACAAAAUGAUGAAUGGGUGUUUCCCGAAAAGGAAGAAGUGGAAAUGGUAAGGCUCAGAAAGAUUCCAAAGUCCUCCUUUGACCAGCCCGUCCAGUGGUCUGCAAACUAUUUCACGCAACAAAUCCUAGAAGACGAAAUGUUGAGACAGAUGGAAUUCGUGGACGUCGAAGAUGGCAAGGAGGCUGAAGAUUCUGAGGUGAACCCACUAGUGAGGCCACUGGACAACAGUGAGAAACUUCAGGACGCGGCCUACGUAUCUCCCUCAGAUGAACCAGUGAUACACUUGGUCCGGUUCCUCCGACUGCAAUCAGCCCACGAUGCGUGGCAUUUGCGAGAAGUGCAGGAAACCGUGUGCACCUUGCUUGGCAUCCCUCUUUUGCGCAGCUCAGUGCGAGAAGAGACGUUCCCUGAAGAUCAGGGCACACCAAUUUGGGCUCGUGCUGGAGGAAGGCUUUAUCGAUCGGCCUGCAGGCAUUGCGUCACAUCGCGGCCUGAACAGGUGUUUGAGCAUGCUUUCGACGCGAUCCCAAUAGGACAGAUAGAGAACAAUGAAUUCAGCCAAAUUUUGCAACUCUGGCCGGUAUAUUGUACCUUCAGGCUUCAGGGUGAGCGACCGAUGGACACUGUCCAGUGGCUCGCAUUUGGAGAUGAUGAAAAACCCAUUGCCACUCGAGAGGCGGAAGACCGCGAAAGCUGUGUCUCCGCACUGCUCGGCCUGGUGCCAGGACCUUGCCUGGCGGAAUCACACUGGCACCUGUUUGUGGCCAGGCUGUUGCUGAGUGUCCACAACGACCUGCAGCUCUUUAGUCAAGUGCAGCUCCCAUUCUGUGCUCAUGACGCGCGGAAGGACACUGCACUCAGAUGCUACACACAGGAGAUGCCUCAAUGUACAGCAUCCCAACCACCACAUCCUCAGGACCUUUGGGAAUCAACAAAGCGCUUUUUGACGAUCUCGCUUCAAGCUCACGGUCGAGAAGGAGAAGUGGAUGGAAUGGUGGCCCAGUUGCGCCAGCAGUCGGAAGGAAUCGUGGACGUUGCUCCGGAGUUGUGGAAGAUUCUUUUCUCAGGGAAUACUCCAGAAGCUCGUUGGGGAGGCUUGUGCAGGUUGCUCGAACGGUGUGAGAACCUUGAGGCCAAUGUCCACGAGUCAGUUCUAGCAGCUUUGCUUGCAGGGUAUCCGAAGCAGUUCAAUUUGAACGACAGAGUGGCCUUGCCUUUUUCGCCAAAAGAAGUCCCUGCGCUGCAGGCUGCCCUGCAGUUCUUAUUGCUGCUGAAGGAAGAGCCCUCAGAAAGCGAACUGGCGCGUUUUCUUGCUCAACUGCGGAAAAGGGCCGUGGGCCGACACUUGAGAAAGAUCAAUCCGCAGUUCCUUGGCAAAGAAGAACUGCCCAACAUGCGUCGAUUUGGAGCCCUUGUGAUUGACUUCAUGGCCUGGUGGAAAUACCUUCAGGAGCACGAAAUUCAUGGAACAACACCUUCCCAAACCAUGGGAGAACACUUACAAAACACCACGGCUUCGAAAGCCUCUUUCGCAUUCCCAGGUUGAGUACCUCAGAGCAUACUUGCUCAAGAUUGAGUGGCCAGACAUAUACACGAUGCAGAGACUACAGCGACACGUGUCCCUCCGUACCCAGGCUUCCUUUUAUGACUGGAGAAAAACCGAACUUCCACAGCUUAAGAGAACCACAAAAGCUUCACCUCGGGUGCGUCGCCCACGCGUCCAUCGGCGGCUGCACCGCCUUUGGGCGGCGUCUAGACACAAGGCUGCCCGCCGGAAUAUUUGCCGGCCUGCUCCACCCAAUCCCUAUGCACCUCGAGCUGCGCAACCUUCUGCCAGUGACCCUGCUGGUUACAACGAAGCUGGUGGCAAAGCUGGUGCUGAAGCUGAUGAGAAUGCGGGUGUGAGCCAGACUAGAGAGAACGAUGCCAUUGUGAGCGAGUUUAGUGACUCCGACUGGAGUGACAGCUCCACAUAGUGGCUCUACUGCUGGCCACACAUCCAAAAUGCUCAGCAGCUGAAGCCUGUAGCCUUGCAAAGUGAGGGGCGAUCAUGUUCGAGAUGGCAAAGCGAAGGGGCAGGUUUGAAAAAGAUGGUGCCGAGCAUUGCCGAGCCACUUGAUGUUCACUUUGUAUGGCAACCAUCUCUGCACUUAAAGGAGUU